GCUAUCUCCUGUUAUCUGCUCGGUGGCUUCCGACUCCGUGGCAUCUCUUGCACUUCCUGAAAACAUCUCUUACUAGACGAGGCAUUUCAAGACAACAAAUUCAAGAUGGUAGAGCAACGCUUGGCUUCUGUUGAUGCGGCCCUGGAGAGUCGCCUCCCACCCUUCAGCAGCCUGCUGUUCGAGGGCAAGACAAACAAGGGCCUCACGUUUGCCGAGAUCGCGCAGGCGCUCGGGCGCAGCGAGGUGGCGUGCGCGGCGCUCUUCUACGGGCAGACAACGGCGUCGGCCGAGGACGUGGACAAGCUGAGCGAGCUGCUGGGGGUGCCGCGCGAGCCCCUGGCGGCGCAGAUGCUGGGGUUCCCGAACCGCGGGACGUCGGUGCAGAUGCCGCCGACGGAGCCGCUCAUCUACCGCCUGUACGAGGUGGUGCAGAACUACGGCUACGCGUACAAGGCGGUGCUCAACGAGAAGUUUGGCGACGGCAUCAUGAGCGGCGUGUGCUUCAAGACGGACGUGGAGAAGGAGGUGGACGAGACGGGCGCGGCCUGGGCCGUCAUCACCAUGAAGGGGAAGUGGUGAGUUUUUCUUCUUUCCUCUUUUGUUUUCCCCUUUGCCUUGUUGAGGGCCUUGACGCUGGUCGUCGUAACGGGGGUGUUGGAAAGAGCUGACUGUAUGGCCCACUACCCAGGUUGCCAUUCACACGCUUUUAGGAGGAGUUCCACGAGGUCCCCUGCUCGUACGAUGAGAGAGAGUGUGAAAGCGGGCAUGCAAAGGGGACGUGGCAUCGUUCCUUGCACAUGGGUUGUACAUGGACAGUGAAGGAUGCACUGAGCAUCGGUUGUGGACGGACUGCUGGCUCCAAGGCGACGAGCGGCAUCUGCUGGCCACUGACACGGCCUGCUGCAUCCCCAUAUGGACACGUUUGAUUUGCAGGUCGAUACGCGCACUACGUAGUUCGGAAAGUAUCUCGAGAAAUUGAAGUGCGUGCACGCGUAUUCCAUCGUUGCAUGUGAGAGGGGGAGAGACUCGGGUUUGUGAGGAACAACCCUGGGCUCUGCACAGGCACUGGCAGUUAUAUUGACC